GACGUUGGCAUGGAAAUUUAUCUGUAUCAUCACAUGAGUGUCGGCUAGAUAUCGAUCUUUUGGCGUCUUGUUCUCACUAAAGUUCACAUCGUCUGUUAAUCUCAUACCACCAUGGCCUCUCAGACGUACCAACUCUUUUGCAUAGGUAACCCCCUCCUCGACGUGCAGGUUACCAACGGCGAGGAGCUGCUCAAGAAGUACGAUCUGAAGGCCAACGAUGCCAUCCUUGCGGAGGAGAAGCACAUGUCAAUCUACGAGGAGAUCGUGAAGAACUACAAGGUCACAUACGUUGCUGGCGGUGCUUCUCAAAACGCUGCCCGGGGAGCUGCGUAUGUCCUUCCCCCCAAUUCAGUGGUUUACACCGGCUGCGUGGGAGAUGAUGGCCUGGCAGAGCAACUGCGGGCCGCAAACAAGCGUGAGGGCCUGCAGGAGGUCUACCUCGUCAAGCCAGGCGAAAAGACGGGAGCAUGUGCUGUCGUCCUCACCGGGCACCACCGCUCCCUGGUCACGACCCUCCGAGCAGCUGAGAUGUUCGAACAAUCACAUCUCUCUUCCCCCGUUGUUGCUCCCUUGGUGGACGCAGCAAAUGUCUUCUACGUAGAAGGCUUUUUCCUGACGCACGGCGCGUCCAUUGUGCUCGAGCUCAGCAAAAAGGCAUCCGCCGCUUCCAAGACAUUCGUCAUGAACUUCUCGGCACCUUUCAUCCCGCAGUUCUUCGGCACCCAACUGCAGUCCAUCCUCCCCUACUGCGACAUCAUCAUCGGCAACGAGACCGAAGCUGAGGCAUACGCAGCUGCAAACGGUCUGCCAGACACCAAGGACCUUGCUGCGAUUGCCAAGGCUGUUGCGACUUCCCCUAAAUCGAACACAUCUCGCCCACGUGUCGUGGUCUUCACGCACGGCGCUGAGUCCACUAUCUUGGUAUCAUCCGCCGAGCCUGACAGUCCUAAGGUCUUCAAAGUCAGCGCCAUCGACGACAAGCUGAUCGUCGACACCAACGGCGCUGGUGAUGCGUUCGCGGGUGGUUUCCUCGGCGCUUACGUCGCUGGUAAGAGCUUUGAUGAGUGUGUCGAGGUUGGACACAAGAUGGGCGCCAUGUGUGUCCAGCUUGUUGGUCCCCAAUUCCGGUGGCCCAAGGUCUCCGUUCUUUAGACACGUUGAACUAUCUUAUACACUUCCUGAAUCCUUACAUAUAUCACGCUUUCAACAGCGAAAUUGUUGUAUCCCUACACACACCGAUGUUCUUCAUCAUUCGCUUUCCACAAGCAUGUAGCAACUGAUAUUUCGAAUCUAUGAUUUCGAUGAUAAUUAAGACUAAAGUUUUACAAAAAG